AUGGAUGAGCCGGAUGAUGAAUCUGUGUUGGUGAAAUCAUUUAAUGCUUUCAGUGUGGAUGGAGUUAUGGUUGCCCUGGAUAUGGUAGGAUAUGUGGAUACAGGGGAAGAAGAUGGAUUGCUUCCAUCCUGGGCAGCACCUUUAUUGAUGUUGUUGCAAACUCCUGAUGAAGCACGGGGCCCGGCAAACAUUUGCAUACCAGCACAUGUCUCUGGUGACAGCAUCUCUCUUGUUGGCACCACUGUGGAUGUAACUUUUGUGGGUGGAGCCAAAUUUGAAAGUGCUCCCAGAGAUGGUGAAUUUGCUGACAUGUCAGCACUUGGGCUGACUGGGUCUCCGCUACUAGAUGGCGCGCUGGCAAUGCCUGCUGGUGAUGGAGCCUGA